CGUCUACGUACUGCACCUCAACAUACCGAACAUGUGCAAAAUAUCAGUUUUAUAUCUGUAUUUUUGUGGUGACUUUAGUCAUUGUUUUUCCUUUCACUCAGUUUAACGUCAAGACAGUAAGUGAAACGGGGGGAUUUAUCCCUCUUCUUUUCCCCGUUUUAAUUGUGAAUCGAUACGCGGAAGCUUGUGCUCGUGAGCCGGUCACGUGACUGGUUUCCUGCCAGGGCAGUAAAUACUAUGCGAGCUAGCAGGCUAUCCGGCUACUCCCCGUUUUUAGCGGCGUUCACGAUGUCCCACCGCGGGUUAUUUAACUCAGCCGGUUAACAGCUCGCCAGCCCCCGGGUGGACGGUGCGUCUCGGCGGGGCAUCGAACCAUCGGCGCCACUCGACCGGGAGGGCUCGCCCGCUUAAUCGAAUCGGCGGCGAGCUAGCUGAGCUAGCUCCGCGGGGUUAGCUCGACGCUAGCGAGCCCAGUUAGCGCGUAGAGGAGGCGCCGUCGCCAGUGAACAUGCAAGGGGAAGCCACGGCUUUACGAACCACGGAAACCGACGGCAAGCUGGAUGUAGCCCCCCAGACCAGGACGCCGAGCUCGGGGCGAGCCAGCGCCAAGAGCUGGCAGUACAGUGACCACAUGGAGAAUAUUGAUGGCUACUUGAUGAAAUACACCAACCUUGUGACAGGGUGGCAAUACAGGUUCUUUGUCCUAAACAAUGAGGCGGGCGUGCUGGAGUACUUCGUCAACGAGCAGUCGCGGCCCCAGAAGCCCCGCGGCAUGCUCCCCCUGGCCGGGGCCGUCAUCUCGCCCAGCGACGAGGACUCCCACACCUUCACCGUCAACGCCAUCAGCGGCGAGCAGUACAAGCUCCGGGCCACCGAUGCCAAGGAGAGACAGCACUGGGUGAGUCGCCUGCAGAUCUGCACGCAGCACCACACCGAGGCCCUGGGCAAGAGCAAUCCGCCCCCCAAGUCCCGGAGCUACUCGAUGGCGUCCCAAGGCAGCGGCAGCUCUCCCAUGUCGCUGCGCCGGCCCAGCCAGAACCCCGCCGCCUUGUUCGCCUGGUCGCAGGGCAACAAGGGCUCGUCCCUCUACUCCAGCAAGAGGUCCCUGCUGCCGGACCACCUGAUGGACGCCAGAGAGAUGAUGACCCAGGCCCAGGGCCAACACCGAGACCUUAUCCAGAGCAUCGAGGGCCUGCCUCCAGCCCCCGGUUUCUCCCCUCUAGACCAGGAUCUGCUGAUGCUCAAGGCCACCUCCAUGGCCACCAUGAACUGCCUCAACGAGUGCCUGCACAUCCUCCACCUGCAGCAGGUGGCCCGCCAGAGAGGCUCCCUGGGAGGACCCACCAUCGAGUGGCUGGAGCCCAAGCUGCCCGACAUCCUGAAGAACGGCAGCGGCUCGCUGGGCAGCUUCGCCCCCGGGGGGGGCCCGCUGGAGGGGAGCGGCCUGGAGCUCAGCAGCCCCGAGUCCUGCAGCUUCUCUGGGGAACAGGAGGACAUCGAUGCGGAGGACGAGACGGAGGACUCCUUCACCGACAAGGAGGAGGACCUGGGCGCUGUGGAGGAGGAACGCAGCAUCAUCUUACACCUGCUGUCCCAGCUGAAGCUGGGUAUGGACCUCACGCGGGUGGUCCUCCCCACCUUCAUCCUGGAGAAGCGCUCUCUGCUGGAGAUGUACGCUGACUUCAUGUCGCACCCGGACCUCUUUGUGACCAUCACGGACGGCGGCAGUCCGGAGGACCGCAUGGUCCGCUUCGUGGAGUACUACCUCACGUCCUUCCACGAGGGACGCAAGGGGGCCAUCGCCAAGAAGCCCUACAACCCCAUCAUCGGCGAGACCUUCCACUGCUCCUGGAAGGUGCCCAGGGGGCCCGAGGCCCCCAAGGAGCCCUCGCAGGGGGGCCCCGACCCGGCCGCCUCCCAGGACCCCUACCAAGUGCGCUUUGUGGCGGAGCAGGUGUCCCACCACCCGCCCGUGUCCGGCUUCUACGCUGAGUGCCAGGAGAGGCGCAUGUGCGUGAACACGCACGUGUGGACCAAGAGCAAGUUCAUGGGGAUGUCCAUUGGUGUGUCCAUGAUAGGCGAAGGGUGUCUUUAUUUGAUGGAGCACGAUGAGGAGUACACGUUCACGCUGCCCUGUGCUUACGCUCGCUCCAUCCUCACCGUGCCCUGGGUGGAACUGGGCGGUAAAGUCAACAUCAACUGCGCCAAAUCCGGCUACUCGGCGGUCAUCACUUUCCAGACGAAACCGUUCUACGGUGGCAAAUUACACAAAGUCACGGGGGAGGUGAAGCACAACGGCACCAACGCGGUGGUGUGUCGCGUGCAGGGCGAGUGGAACGGCGCCCUGGAGUUCAGCUACGCCAGCGGGGAGACCAGAGGCGUCGACGUCACCAAGCUGCCCGUCUCCAAGAAGAGCGUCCGGCCGAUCGAGAAGCAGGGGCCGACUGAAUCCAGGCGCCUGUGGCAGCACGUGACGGAGGCCCUGCGGCAGAAGGACAUCGAGAAGGCCACGGAGCACAAGAGGAUGCUGGAGGAGAGGCAGCGGGCGGAGGAGAGGCACCGGGCUGAGACUGAGACGACUUGGAGGACCAGACACUUUGACCGAGAGGGCGACGGUUGGGUCUAUCACAAGCCGCUUUGGAAAGCGUCUGCACCCAAAUCCUAGUUCCUUCAGGCGGUGUGUGUGUGUGUGUGUGUUUGCGCGCGUGUGUGUGUGUGUGUGAGAUAGAGAUGGUGCGUUGUUGGGAAAAGAGAGCAUGACCUGCACUGACAUACAGACGACUGCACCAUGGGGAGAAGGAGCGACGGCGGGCUGGAGGUGUUCUGGAUUCUCCCUCAUGACUUUCACUAAGCCUCCAAGUACAAGCUUUGCUUUUUUUAUGAUCCAAUGUAAAUGAAAACGUAUUAUUGUACAGGUAUGAAGGUACUUGCACAGCCUUAAGAUAGUCGGACGAGUGCCUGGAGAUCUGCUGAUGGGUAUUGGGUCUUUUCAUCUUCUUCUUCUUCAGGCGACUUUUGACUUCCAACAUGAAGAAAACUCCGAUAAUUGGACGACUGCCUGAUAAAUGUAAUCCUAUGAAAUGUAGUAAACUUGCAGUGUUUGAUUCCAUCGAUGUUGUGUUUCUCGAGACAAAAACAUUAACCAAUCGAACAAUUUUAGGUCCUAGCUUUUAAAGAAAUCUCAAGAACUGUAAGCUUGUGCUUUUAUCAGAUCUGAUUGAGAAAGAAAAGAACAAAAAUGUAAAUGUAAAGCAAGCAGAGGGGUUGUUUCACGUGGAAAGCAGUCACAUCGCAAGAGAGAAAAUCAGGGCCUUUUGAACCUCAAAUCCACUUCCUGUAACGGAAUGUGGAAACCAUUUAAACGCACGCCAUCCUCGCCGCUCAUCAUCUUAGGGCCCGUGUUUCAAGCCGUCACGCUGAGCUGCCAGCCGACGAGUACAGAGGGGAUGCGUGAGGGCUGAGGGGGUUUGGAGAGAAAGAGUCCUUUAUUAUUUGAAGGGGAACCGACCGCAGACGAGCGACUGGUGAUGUCACAGUAACGCUGCAACCCCCCCCCCCCCCCCCCCAUGACAUCCCCACUGGUAUGAUGUGGGGAGUUGGUGGAAUGCCCCUUUAACCAGGUGGUACAUAUGACUCCACGUGUUCACACUACAAUUUUAAUAUUUAUUGGUAGCUGGUGUGCAUUUAGAUUCACUGAUUGAAAUGAAGUUGUGCAGUUUAACUGGUGUAUUAAAUUGUUGACUGUGACUUCACAGACGAGUGGACGAUGUCUCGAAUCGCGGUCGAGUCCCAAUGUGAAUAAAUGUACGGCUGGCUGCCCCAUUAUUCAUGUCGCUCGUCUUUGUCGUCCGGUGGACGGAAGUCCCACGUGCAUGAUGCAUUACUUGCAUUUAGAAAUGUCCUGUGGUAAAAGCUUUUAACCAAAUCUGCUUCUUUUGUAAUGCAAAUAAAUAUUUUCUUUGAGCGUUCAGCCCCAAUGCUUUCAUUGCUCGUUAACGUUUCUCAGUCCAUUUUCCAUGUUGAUUUCGACAAACCUCAGCGCUCCUCAGAGAUGAUGCUCCUCCCUCUGUCUCGGUGCCUUAUGCAAACUGUGUGCGUGUCUUUCAUCUUCUAUUGACCUGACCGAGGCGACAACGUGUGUUUUAUUUGUCUGUGUGUUAUUUUGAAAGAGGCUUUUUUUUUUUGGGCCUUUGUUUGGGAUUCCACUGGUUGUCUUGGUGACCUAAGAGAUGCAUGGACAUCGAAGGAAAGCUUGUGUAGAAAAAUGGACACGUGGAAAAUAAUAAAAAUGCCUAGACGUUGUA